ACGACGCCUUUCGCCUACCUAUCCUUCUGUUCUGUCCACGAACUGCUUUCAGUUUGACUCAGUGUCUGCUGAAGAUUUCCAAGCCCACCACCAACAUCUUUCCUGCACAACAUAAGGUCUGUCACUUUGACACAGCGCAUACUUCUUGCCACCAUACAACCCCUACGAUGGCUCCAAGAGUCAAAGAAAUCGGACUUGCCGAUCCGCGUGUCGACAAAUGCUCCGAUCGUGGCAACCAGUACUACGACGAUGAUCAUCCUAUUGAAAGACCGAACACCGACAUUGUACCCCAAGAUAGUGGUCCAGAUAUAUUUGACAUUAUUCGUGAAGCGCUUGAAGCCCAGGAAGUCGACAAAGGAAAAGGCUACUUUAUUCCGCGAAGCUCGCUCCAAGAGAUAUUCACUCCCGGACGUCUCCUCGCAACCAUACAACAACUGUGGAAGGAUGUCCCAGAAGAAGAUCACCAGCGACUUUGUAUCCGUGUUCUCCACGAAGUUCGUUGCUGGAAGGUCUUUGUCUUGUUUAUUUAUACACAACAACAUGAGUUACUUCCUGCACUUUGGAAGAAUGAAAGUGGCACGGAUAGCCUGAGGCUGUCAGAUCAAUGCCUACCCUUGAUCUCGAUCACCCCUGACGGCAAGAUUGCAUGUCAGAACAAGACUCAUUCUCAUCAGCUUCCCGGUUGUGAGACCAAAAAGAUACCAGGGAAAGAUUCCAGGCACAUGGUACAGGCCAGUUACGUAUUCAAUGCCGUUUACUUUAAACUUCCGACAAAAGGCAAAAAGGUUCAUGUCCACUACAGCCUCGGUCCAAAAGACGUCCUGCCAUACACAAUCGACUCCUUUCCAUUCAACAAGAGCUUAGGUAACGAGGGGGCUGGCUCAGCUGGGCGAACAAGCAACAGUGGCAAUCCUAGAUCUGACAUGGACCAGGAUGGCAAUCUUCACGGCGGGUUUGGCGAAGUGACGAGAAUUACCAUUGAUCGAAGUCACUUUAAUUUUGGUCAUCAUGGAUCUCAUGACGGCAAUAACAAGGAGGAAGUGACCUUCGCCCUCAAGCGGCUACACGCGUCCGAUAAAGAGGCUUUCGACAAGGAAUUGGCAUCCCUAAUCACCGUCAAGACCCAGAAAAGCACGCACCUCAUCAAGCUGCUCACCACAUUUUCCGUCAUUGAAGAAGAUGGCGGAAGUGAAGUGUUCUACCUGCUCUUCCCCUGGGCAGAGGGGAACCUGUGGAAAUACUGGAAAUUUCACCAGCCCAGAAACCAACAGGAACGCCUAACCUCCGCUUUGUGGAUGGCUCAACAAUGCCACCAACUCGCUCGUGCUCUGCUGUGCGUCCACAAUGAGAGAGAACAAACGCUGAAAUUGUACGAGUUUCCGGCAGGAAAAGACGAGCUAUACGGACGUCACGGCGAUAUCAAAGCUGAAAAUGUUCUUUACUUCGAAGGUGACGGCAUGCUUGUACUUUCUGACUUUGGGCUUGGUCGCCUUCACACCAAAUAUUCUCGAUCCAAUGCUGACCCCAAAGCUCUCGAGAAAUCAGCAACCUAUCGAGCACCCGAGUUUGACCUCGCUAGAGGUCGCAUAUCUCGAGCAUCCGAUGUCUUUUCGUUAGGGUGCAUGUUCCUCGAGUUCGUUACAUGGCAAAUUAUGGGAUAUGACGCUGUAUACGACGACUUUCCCAAUCACCGCAUGGAAGAGGACAUCACACAUGGAUUCGAGUCGGAUAUUUUUUUCAAGAUUGAGGGCGAAACCGCUAUCAUCAAGCCCAAGGUGCACGAGUGGAUGGUGCGGCUCAAGCAACACGAGAACGCAUCCGAGUACACUAAGCAGUUUCUCGAUGUCAUUGAGGAGAUGCUCAGCCCAUAUCCGAAGGAUCGAAUCAAUGUUGUGAAGCUUGUUAGAAAGCUUUAUCUUCUCAGAACAACGUGUGAGAACGAUACAAGCUACUAUGGCGGUGAGUCCCAGUCAAGAACUCUACAUUCGUGAGGUCUCAACCGCAAAGCCACGGCUGGAACGUUUGGAAAGGCAUUGUAUUUUGCUCAUCCUAUCUAUGGCUAUCAGAAUCCCGGGCAAUGAGUGCCUGGUUAGCCUGCAAGGCGUUCUGGAGCUCAAUCACGCCGCACCGGAAUCGCA